AUGCCAGUCAAGAGGUCCAACAAAGUCCACAAGUUUCAUGAGGGAACCGGGGAUGAUAACAUGCCUGUGGUUUCGAUGUUUGUUGUGAAAGAUGGUGAUGAACCGUUCACAAGAAUCGAUGUAGAAUUAUUCGUAAACAAAGUCCCCAAAGCAUGUGAUCUUUUCUUGCAAACGUGUGCCUUCCCAACUGUGGGUGACAAGCGUAACGCGAAGAGGGGCUCUUACAAGGGGUGCCGUUUUGUCAGGUUGACAAAAGAGGCACUCCAGGUUGCCGAUGGUUCAGGCCCUCGGGCCGUUCCUCUUUCCGAGCUAGAAGCAGAAAUCGGACGUGUAAACCACGGGGUGGGCAUUGCCUCUCUUUGCCGUUCAUCCACAAGCUUUGACGAGUCAUUUUUCUUUUGUUUAACAGACAAUCGACUGGAAUUGGAUUCUUUAGAUAAGAGGCACGUGGCGUUUGGAAGGGUAACCGGUGGGUUAGAUGCACUUAUGGGGUUGAGAGAUGCACUUGUUCCGUACGUACAGGAGGGGUGUGUCAUUGUUGGUAGUCCGUACGCUGUGUCUGAGGUUGUCCCCAAGGCGAAGCAAUAA